AUGUCGGAAUCAUCUGGCUCUGCCAUCUUAUUUGGAUGCUCAGUUGCAGUAGUAUCCUCUGCCAUUCAAUCUUUUGGUGUCACCCUUCAAAGAAAAUCUCACUUGCUACACUUGGAGAUGCCAGGGGAAUGUGCUGCAGAAAGUACAUUUCAUCACACCAGCCAUCAUCGACAACAAAAGUAUAGACGCAACAUGUGGUACUUUGGAUUCAGCUUAUUCAUAGUCGCUAAUGUUUUGGGAUCAGCUAUUCAAAUUUCAACCCUUCCACUCAUUAUAUUGUCCCCCUUACAGAGUAUCGGUCUAAUAUUCAACUCAAUAUUCAGCUGCCUACUUCUACCUGGUGAACACUUUACAAGUCGGUUAUGGUCUGGCACCGGAAUAAUAGCCUUAGGAGCUUGCAUUACUGCAUAUAAUGGCUCUACGCAUAGUGACCCAACAAAUCAGCCUCAGCCAGACAUUAACGAAAGCUUCAAGAUUGUUUUGACCAAGUUAUUAAGUAGAUCAUUUCUACAGUGGUUUAUUGGAACCUUUGUUUUUAUGGGAUGCCUUUUGAUCAUAAACUGUGUCUACUUGAAGAGGAAAACUCGGGAGUGUCGGCGAUAUUGCACUUUAAAAGACGGUCGCAACAACAUGCUCGUGCUUCAGCUUGACAGAGCCCAAUUUUGGAAAGGGAUCAACUAUGGAAUCAUCAGUGGUACUUUGACAGCGCACACAUUUCUUUUUGCAAAAUCAAUCAUAAAUGUGAUUAUGGAAACAAUAUUGAAAGAGGGGGUUUCUGGAAUAUUUAAAGUUAGUAAUGUUGUGCCAUAUUUGCUUUUGGCGACGAUGCUUGCUAUCAUAGGCCUACAGCUUACUGCAUUCAACUUGGGGUUGGCACAAAUUUCAACAACUAUACUAUACCCAUUGUGUUUUUUGGUUUACAAUCUAGUCAACUUGAUCAAUGACUUGAAAUUCAACAGACUUUUGGCAGAUCACAAAAUGACGUACACCCAAUUUUUGUGGAUACUUUUUGGGUUGAGUGGUGUUUUAUGUGGUGUAUUGGUUUUGAGCUGGGACAGUGCAUGCCAAGACGCAGAUGAUGGGAACGAUAAUGUGAUACUGAUAAACGAAAUUGACCAUGUGAUAACGCCCGAGUCAUCAUUUGAACAAUUUAAGGAUGAUAAUACCGUGGAGCUGACAGAUCUUACGGAAAACUCAUCCGGGAAUGACUCUCUUGACAAUCGAAAUUUAAUAGAGCUUGACAAUGAAAUCUCCGAUGGAGUAAAUUGUGUUGCAAAUGUUUCCAACGCGUCUGAUCUGCAGGUGGCUUCUCCACGCGGGAAACUGCUCACUUACGAACAGAAUCAACUAUUGCAACAACUUGGUUUAUAG